UAUGGUCUACAUACUGAUUUUGUGAACAAAUAUAAACUGUUAAUGAAACCAUAAUUUCAUUAACAUUUUGGGCACACAUUUUUUUUUAAGUGUUGUUUUUAGAUCAUUAGAGUUGACCAGUUCACUUCCUGCCCCCCACACUGUUAACCUCAGUGUGCAGGCCUGUUUUUAUGAAUGUGAUUUCAUUUUGCUGUGUGGCCUGACCGCUCCAGUACCAACACCAGCGGGUUUCUGGGCAACAAUCCCGCUGUUGACUCACUGUUUGUACCAGGACACCUUUUCUUUGUUUAGAAAUGACUGUGUGAAACCACAGUUUAAAGUGCCAUUGAGAGUCUCCCAGGACGAGCACAGUAUGAAGUUAAACAAGGCUUUCAAUAAUAACAUGCAGAGUUUACCUUUUCUAAAUGUUCUGAUUGUAAGCAGUACAGGUGAGUAAGUUUGAUUUUAAAAAGUAUACAAUCUUUGUAUCCCUAGAGGUAACACUAAAAUGUGGACAAACACUUUUUAUGUUUGCAUUUCCCUUCUUGGGUGGUCAUCAUCCCUCGCCAAUGUUUUACAUAUGUUGGAUAUUUUUGUUUAGCAUAAGUGUACUGUGACUAGAUUUAUCAAGAUUCAUCACCUGCUUGUGUCCCUCGAGAUGUUACUGCUUUGCAAAAUAUUCCAGAAUUUGUCUGUGUAAUUACUUAGUAAUCCAGGUACAGUAGGCAUGUUCCACAGCUUGGCACUAAAAUGUAUUUUGCAUUUAUUUCUUGCUCAAAAAUACACACACAGCAGGGUUGCCUCUCCACAGAGUUGACAUGUAACCUGGCCAGGUGGUGUCAGCUGUUUAAUGCCAUACUGUGGAACAUUACAGGCAAAGCAAUAGCACUUUCAUGGAGACUAUAGGAGGUGGGUGACCCUUCUCCAGAACAAUUUCUAAAGCUGUAAGAUCCACAUUAAAUAUUUAAUCAAGCAAACGCCAUUUGGCCUGUGACCGGACCAGUUUUCUGCAUUAUAAAAACUGCAAAACUGUAUACAUUCUGCUUUAAAUAGAGCUUAAAUAAUAGCGUACAUUUUAUAAGGUAACUUUGGAUUUCCUUUUGCCUUUUCCUUUUGCACCUGCAAAUAGCACACUUGAAUCAGACCACCUAAAAAUAAGCCAAAGCUCUAAACACAGUGAACGGUUGAUAAAGUUUCAACAUGUGGUAACCACCUUCAGGUGCGUGAGAGCUUCCUUUUGUGUCGACUCAGGCACGGUGAGACAACUUCCCAUGGCGCACUGCCCCAUCUGCCCAGCUUUAGAACCAUAUUUUUUUCAAUUAAAUUUACUUAAUGUUAUUUGAUGUAUACAUUACAAGACAAUAUCUAUGUAUUAUAUGCUUACUCUGAUUGAUUGCUUAUAAUAAACAUUCAUGCUGCACUGUUGUGUUGUGUGAAUGUAGACUUGACUCUGUGUUGGCCUCAGCUUCACAAGGUUCCCAACUCCUGAAUGCUGAAUGUCACUCCCUCUUUACCCCCAUUUCACACUAGUCUUCUGUCCUGUCAAUCAAAACCCAUACAGAUGAAAAAUGGAACAAAAACUGCAUGUGAAUAUGCUCGCAAGAAACACAUUUGAUUCAUAUACUACAGAUAACAUCCCCACCCUUUAAGGUAUGAUCAAAAUCUGGUCCAACCUGAUUUCUGGCCUGGAGAUAAAGCUUCUUUCUCUGCACAUACUAGUAUUGUGAGUGGUGCCAGUUUCCCGUGGAGUCUCUGCUUCUGAUCAACCACAUUUUCCACUUUGCUUCUAUUUUUGGAAGUGCUGACUUCACUCAAGGGAAUAAAAUGCUUUUACUUUCUGACCUUCAAUGUAGGUGAUCGAGGAGCAGGGUCAUAGGUCAGCAACCAGUCACUCGGGGGCUAUAUGAACUGCUGUCAUGUGGGACAGAAAUAACUCCUGAGCGCAUGGUUUGCUAAAUACAAUGAAUCUGUUAGUACUGUGUUAAAAAUAUUUUUUUUUACUGGUACACGGUGAUAAAUUUACAACUGUGGAAAUUUACUACUGUUGUUUUUUGACCAAAAGCCUAAUUAUGGACAAAAAAAAUACAAUACUUACUAAGUUAAUUGCUUUAUUAAAAGAGUAUUUCAAAACAUGAAUGAAUUCAAAACACUAAAUGGAUUUGGCAUGCUCAGAAUAGAAUUGUAGAGCUACAACGCCAUAAACCAGUUGUAUCAUAAAUGCUAAUCUUGUAUGCAUUUAAAAAGAGUCAAAAGGAAAAGUGUGUUUUUGUAUGUAAAACCAUCCUUAAUCAACACUCAGUUCUGAUUGAUAAAUUUUCUCAUGACAGCCCUGCAGAAAAAACAUACUGACACAAGGUAAAAUAAAACUCUUCUUUUCAUUUGUUACUUCCAUCUACAUCCAUCUAUGUCACUUCCAUCAGGAUCCACAAUGAAAACCUCAUCCGUCAUCCUCUUCCACAUGCCUUCCCACAUUCCUUCCUGUUUGUCGUCAUAGUGCCCAUAGACCACUCCUCUAUAAAAGACCGUCUGCUCCUGAGCUUCAGCCACAUUGACAAGGAGAUCCCAACCCGCUGCUUUUACACACACAAGACGAAGAGGGCUAACUCUGAACUAUCGGAAUUACACAAACUGAACUCUUUUCCUUUUGAAGAUAAUUUUUUAUUUUGAUCAAGAUGUCGAUUCACACAGUUUUCCUUACUUUAUUUUGGGCACAGAUGUGCACAAUGGCAUGGUCCCAAAUGUGCCCACGUACAUGCCAGUGCCCCAAAGAGCCUCCCAUGUGUGCCCCCGGGGUGCAGCUGAUUUUGGACGACUGUGCAUGUUGCCUCGUGUGUGCACGGCAAGACGGACAGCCCUGCUCCGACCUCUACCCCUGCGAUACCCACAGAGGGCUGCACUGUGACUACACCGCCGACAAAAGGACUGGCAUAUGCACCUCUCACGGUGGACAGGUGUGCGUUCUGGAUGGAGUGGUGUAUCAGAAUGGUCAGAUCUUCUUCCCCACUUGUAAAUACCAGUGCAUUUGUCGAGAUGGUCAGAUUGGCUGUGUGCCUCAGUGUAAUGUGGAUGUGAUGCUGCCUGGACCAGACUGCCCCAUGCCCAGACGAGUGCAUGUCCCAGGAGAGUGCUGUGAGAAGUGGGUGUGUGAGCCCCCCUCAGAGGCCAGUGCUCUGGGAGGCUUUGCCAUGGCCGCAUAUCGUCAGGAGGAGACAGUAAGAUUUGACGGUUGGGACCCAAGCCUGAACUGCAUAGAGCAGACCACAGAGUGGGGGGCCUGCUCUCGGACCUGUGGGAUGGGACUGUCCACCAGAGUGACCAACAAGAACAGUCGGUGUGAGAUGGUGAGGCAGAGCCGCUUGUGCAUGGUUAGGCCAUGUGAGGACCAGCAGACUCAGACUGCACUGGCACCGCUCAUGCCAAAGAGAGGCAGUAAAUGCCAGAGGAUGACACGUAGUGAGACUUCCAUCCACCUCUCCUAUAAAAACUGCACCAGUGUCCAGUCUUACAAACCUCGUUACUGUGGCACCUGCACUGAUGGGCGCUGUUGCACCCCUCACCGAACCAAGACGGCCCUCCUGGACUUUCAGUGUGCCAGUGGUAAAACCAGCAGGAGGCCAGUCAUGCUCAUCCUAACCUGUGUGUGCCACAACCACUGCCCCAGAGACAAUACAGAGUGGAACACACUGGUCUUAUAGUGUGGACCAUAUAUGACAUGUAUGUUGGCAAUGUGCUUGUUUUACACACUUGUAGAGACUCAUUCACAAAAGGGUGAUUUUCAAAAUCACCAGAGAAUCUGUUAAAUUUGACAGCACUUAAAUAAUGAACAGAUGUUUUUUUUUUUUUUUCAAUGACAUAGAAUCUUGUGGUCAUUGCUGAUUGAUCAGUGGUUAAUCAUUCUGGCUUUGAAAUAAUUACUCCGAAAGACUAAUGGAAGAGGACUGUAGAUGCUCUGAGCUAAAGAAUCCUGUUGGAAAAUUUCCAACUAUGAGAGACAUUUUUGACAUAACUGAACUGUGUUCUCUGACCUGGUCUGAAGCAAGGCUUGAAUCAUGAACGUGAUCUUUGUUGUACUGUGGACGUGGUGUAAUUUCUAACAUGUGUAUGUAACUGUAUUUUCAGUGUUAAACAGUGUGUUAAUUACAUGCUUGAGAAUGCAAAAUACUUUAGACACGCUUUUAACUAAUGCUGGAGAAGUGAGCUAACAAUGACAAAGGUUUUGUAAAUACUUGCUGUAUAGUUUAAGUGUGCAUGAAAAUGCAGAAUUUAUUAUUGAAAUGUAAGAGCAGUGAUGUAAAUAUUUUAAAACAUGCACAAUCUUUGUGUAAUUGUAAUAAAUAUUAUGAAACAAAUGUUUAUAUGAGGGUGUCAUGAUUUUGAAUUUGAUAUAGCUUUUCAAAUCUCUGUCAGUCUGAUAGAGGCAAA